UAUAAUCCCCCCUCCCACAUUCCUUUUCACAUUAGUUCAUUUCUCUUGUUAAGUGUUAGAGAUUGUAAAGCUCCGCCUCUUUUUUUUCCCCCUUUUUUUUCUGUCGUUCAUUUUAAGCGACGGAUUUUAAUUUUCCGGCCAAAUUUCCGGUCGGUUUAAAAUGGUUUUUUCAGGCGGAAGAACAUAGUGAAGCCUAGGCGCUUUAAGUCUAGGAACUUCUUCCUUUUUUUUUUUGUUUAAGUUUUCUUUCUUUCCUUAAAAAAGAAAAAAAAAGAAAAAGGUUUCCCAGUAAAUGGGUUGCUUUCAUUCUAAAGUAACAAGGCAACAUCCUGGGUAUGAAGAUCCUGUUACUCUUGCUUCACAAACUGCUUUUAGUGUUAGUGAGGUUGAAGCACUUUUUGAGCUAUUCAAGAGCAUCAGCAGUUCUGUGGUUGAUGAUGGUUUGAUUAGCAAGGAAGAAUUUCAAUUAGCGCUGUUUAAGAAUAGGAAGAAGGAAAACAUUUUUGCAAAUCGGAUUUUCGAUUUAUUUGACGCCAAGAAGAAGGGAAUCAUUGAUUUUGGUGACUUUGUUCGAGCACUCAAUGUCUUCCACCCAAAUGCCUCACAAGAGGAUAAAAUAGAUUUUACAUUUAAACUUUAUGACAUGGAUGGAACCGGUUUUAUCGAGCGUCAUGAGGUCAAGCAAAUGCUGAUUGCUCUUUUAUGUGAAUCUGAAAUGAAGUUAGCAGAUGAAACCAUCGAGGCAAUACUUGAUAAGACAUUCUUGGAAGCCGACAUUAAUCAGGAUGGGAAGAUAGACAUAUCAGAAUGGCAAAACUUCGUCUCUCGUAAUCCAUCCUUGUUGAAAAUCAUGACCCUCCCAUACCUCAGGGACAUAACAACAACAUUCCCAAGCUUUGUUUUCAAUUCUGAAGUAGAUGAAGUUGCCACUUGAUUUGUAUGUGGUGGUACAUGCAUUUGGUUGAAUUUGAAACACACUUUUUUUUUUUUUGGUGGCAUGAUUUGUUGAAAUUGAGCUGUCAUCAUAUGAAGAUAUUGCCUAGUUUUUGGUACAAGGCUUAAAGCUUAUAAUGUUUGUAAAGGGUAGUAGCUUAAAAAAUAGUUGAUUGUAUAGGCCAUUCUCAUUUAACCUUUUUUUUUUAUUUAAGGUUUUCUCCAUUUUUAGUCAUAUUGAUCUGUGGUAAUGCAGUAUCAGUUUCAGAAUUA